CAGAAGAUUGUUCAAACACAUAUAUCGUCGUUUCGUUCUGGAUACCGAUUAUUCACAACAUGGGAAGUUACAAAUUAUACCUGGCCGUCAUAGCAAUAGCUUGCAUAGCUGCAGUACAGGAAGCUAGUUGCUCUGAUGAGCAGGUACAGUACGAUGAUGRGGAAGAAGUGAUCGGAUUAGAGAAAGAGCAGGAAGAAGUGUCCGAACCAGAUAUGGAGGAAAAAGAAGAGCCAGAAUCAGAGAUGGAGUACCAUCAGUGCGAGGAAUACAAAUCGAAGAUUUGGGACAAUGCAUUUAGUAAUAAGGAUGCUAUGGACAUGAUGAAACUGACGUUUAUAACAGCUGAGAAAAUGGGCUCCGACGCCGUGUGCACUGACACAGCCCGGGCCUUCAUAAACUUCAUCGAAGUGAUGGCCACCAACAGUAACUCCCAAUACACGAGAAGUAUGUUCAAAAAGUUGGUGGCGUUUAUUGUUAGAGAGUUGAACACGACGUCGGACAAUUUCAGAGAGACGUCGGAGGUGUUCGAACGUAUCUGGACAACUCCAGAGAUUCGUGACUUUAUCAGGGACUCAGUCACUCGGACCAAUAACGUGCUCAAGGAGCCCCGUAUGAGAAGCCGACUGUUCAAAGUGAUUGAAGCAGCUAUGGAUCUGAUGUCGAAAUCCAAAGACGGAGAAUCAAUGAAACAGAAGUUUAAGGGGAUGUACAGAGCUCCCACCAAGAUGGCAAGGAGUGCCAUGGAUAAGGUUGGAAAUUUCUUUCGAAAACUUUAAUAAGAAUGUCCAUACAGACUAGUGAUAUAUAUAUAUAUAUAUAUAUAUAUAGCAUAUACAUAUAGAUAAACAUAAAGUGCAGAUUUUCUAAAAAAAAAUGUUAACCUAAAAUCUCACUUCCCCGCCUCUCUGAGAGUCGUCUUCAGUGUUUUGUACAGUAUCAUUACACAUUCGGUAUAUCUAACAUACCACACACCGCGUUGUUCUUGCAAUAAAUAUUGUUAUUGUUAUUAUUUUAUUUUGUUCUAAAUAAACUCAAUUGAUUAAC